UCGCGCGUUCGCAAGGUGCCAGUUCUCCGCGCAAUUUCCAUGGGGAAAGGUGCCCAUAACGAUAUUCAUUUCCCCCACGAUAGCUCAUUGAAUCACAAAAACGUUGUAAAUUAAUAUUAUUAAUUGAACCAUCGAUGUAAGUGAGAUGAAUUUCUCACGUUCUCAGUGAACAAUUGGACAUCUUUUUAUUCAACUUUUGAACAACUGCGAACAAGUAGACGGAGAAUACAUUGUGAGCAUUGGACACGAGUCACUGACAAGCAUGAACGGAUUAACAAACAGCUACAAUUCCACUGAUAAAAGAGAACUACCACCCAACCUUGGAUCAAUGUACUUAAAUUGGGACGACCGAUAGACCUGUGCAAAUCCUCUCUGUGUGCACGUCAAACACGUCAUACAUCACUGAACAUUAACAAUAAAAGACCAGGGAUUUGUUUAUUGUUAACGAGCCUUAUCAACUAAUAGAGACCUUCGUUAACUAUUAACGAGUGCAGUUAAUAGUUAAUGAAGAAGCUCGUUAACAACAACUGAAUCGUCCUGUCUGUGUAGAAGCGUAAUAUGCAGUAGAAUCAACUUCUCUGGAGUCGGCCAAUAGAUCUACUCAUAUCACUGAACUGGGAGGAAGCUGAAUCGACGUAACGUUUCUGGUCUGAAACGGGAUGGCCAGUUGGCUGCUGAAAGCUGUACUCCUAUCCAGCACGCUUGGCCUCGUUUGCAGCCGAGGAAACGUGCUGGACAGCCAAGGACCAGUUUUGGAUUCCGAGCCGCGGUCAACCAUCGAAUUCUCCAAUGACACUGGAGUAAUGCUGCAUUGUUCAGCAACAGGGAGUCCUGGGCCACGUAUUGACUGGCUCAUGGGUGAUGGAUCACCAGUGCAUCCGAUUCCCAACAUCAGGGAGAUGUUGGUCAAUGGCUCUAUGUAUUUUCUUCCAUUCGGAGCUGAAAGUUAUCGGCACGAUGUGCAUUUUGCUGUGUACAGGUGUCAAGCGUCGAAUACUGUGGGACGAGUCCUGGGGCGGGAAGUUUACGUCAAAGCUGUUGUCCGUCAAAAAUAUCAAGUUGGGGUUAAAGAUGCUCAUGUACUCGCUGGUAAUACUGGCGUUUUGAGAUGUGACAUACCAGCGCACACAAAAGAAUAUGUUGUAGUUACCUCAUGGGUACAAGAUUCUGCUUUUAACAUUUUCCCAGCGCCUGUAAGCGACGGAAAGUAUCACAUGCUGCCAACGGGUGAGUUACUUGUAUACUCAGCAACACCAGCGGACACCAACUAUGGAUAUAGAUGCCGUACAGUACAUCAUGUCACAGGUGACACCGUGGAGAGUUCAAGUCAUGCUCGACUCAUCGUUACGGAGCACCGUAAUCCAGAACCACCACGGAUCAACGACCGUGUCAACCCAUUACCCAUUCGUACCGGUGAUACUAUUGUAUUGUCCUGCAUCUCCCAGGGAAAUCCACCGCCAAUGUAUCUCUGGUUUCGUGAGUCUGUCGGUGGUACCGACGCUAUCGUUAAUUCGGAGAGGAUUCACGCGAGAGCCGGUGUACUGAUCAUACAAUCAGCGAGAAUUGAAGAUGCAGGUCGAUACGUUUGUCAUGUAAACAACACAGCUGGUUCAGAGAGAGUUGAACUAGAAGUAUCCGUCAUAAGUGGAUUGUCUAUACAUUUGGCGCCACAGCAGGUGACAAUCGACAUCGGCAAAGACGCUAAAUUCCAGUGCGUGAUAACCGGCCAACCAACUCCAACGAUAUCCUGGGCAAAGGAUGGUCUUCCUAUUAGAGAAGGUGCAGGAAGGAUAAAAAUACUCGGAAAUGGCGGUUCAACUCUACACAUAUCUUCAAUUACCAGAGACGACAAGGGCAUGUUCCAGUGUUUUGCCAAAAAUGACUAUGAGAUGGUUCAGGCAACUGCCGAACUUCGGCUUGGUGACGCGGCACCGCAACUUGUGUAUAAAUUCAUCGAACAGACAAUUCAAUCGGGUCCUUCGGUGUCCCUCAAAUGCAUUGCAACCGGAAAUCCUACACCUCAUUUCACCUGGAGUCUGGAUGGAUUUCCAUUGCCACAGAAUGAGAGGUUCAUGAUUGGGCAGUACGUAACGGUUCAUGGGGAUGUAAUAUCCCACGUUAAUAUCAGUACAGUGAGAGUGGAGGAUGGGGGUGAAUACCGGUGUACAGCUGUGAAUCGUGUCUCGAAAGUCCAUCACUCCGCUCGUCUAAACAUCUACGGUCUGCCUCAUGUUCGACCCAUGGGCAACUAUGCAGCGGUCGCUGGAGAAACCACGGUCAUCAAGUGUCCUGUGGCUGGUUUUCCAAUCGCCAGUAUAACGUGGGAAAAAGACGGACAUGUAUUGCCAACGAGUAGACGGCAGGAAGUAUCUCCAAAUGGUACCCUGAUUCUUCAUAAUGUUGACAGUAGCACAGAUCGUGGAUCGUACACGUGUACAGCGAAGAAUAAGCAAGGACAUCAUGACUCACAAACAGUCCAGAUAGAAGUUAAAGUUCCACCUAACAUAGCUCCCUUUAGCUUUAACAAGGAAUUAUCGGAGGGCGUUCGUGCCCAGGUUGCCUGUGUUAUUGAAAAGGGAGAUCCGCCCUUCACGAUAAUAUGGUUAAAGGAUGGUGAACCCAUUGGAACCUCUUCACCACCUGGUUUUAACAGUCCUGUAACAGCAAACUCUCACAAGACUGUUGCCGGUCUACGUGUUACCAGUAUGGACCAACACUCUAGUACCAUCUCAAUUGAUCGUGUCAAUGCAGCUCACGCUGGCAAUUAUACUUGCAUUGCACGUAACUCUGUUGCCGAGGUUUCAUCCACAGCGCAAUUAGUUGUUCGUGUGCCACCACGUUGGAUAAUGGAGCCCAAGGACGUACAUGCGCCUGAAGGUACCUCGAAACUGGUCCUCCACUGUCACGCAGAUGGUUUCCCAACACCUGCUGUUACCUGGCGUCGAGCUACUGGCACAAAGCCGGGAAGCUAUCACGAUAUCUCGAGUCAUGAGCAUGCACAAGAAUUGAGAAUCCACUCGAAUGGUUCUCUUGUAUUCGGAAGAGUUCAAGAGGAUCAUGAGGGAUACUACCUAUGUGAAGCUGUCAAUGGAAUUGGUGCUGGGCUCAGCAAAGUCGUCUACCUGACAGUCAAUGCGCCAGCGAGAAUCAUAGAUAAGCAUAGAAACCAAACUGCUCCGCUGGGCUCAAGAGCUUCUCUGCGUUGUGAUGCCAAAGGUGAUCAUCCAUUGAAUAUCGAGUGGCGUCGAGCGGGUUCCCAAUUAGAGCCAGCAGCCUCUGAUUAUCGGUACAUGGUCAAAGAAAUGAAUACCACAGACGGGGCCGUUAGUGUACUCGAGCUCAUCAGUGCAACCAGGGAAGACAGUGGACUAUAUUUCUGCACAGCUUCCAAUGCCUAUGGAGGCGACGAAAUGACCCUGCAUUUGUAUAUACAAGAGCCACCAGAUUUUCCGAGGAAUAUUGAGGUACUGAAACGUGAGAGUCGGUACAUCAAAUUGGGCUGGACCAGUAGCCAAGAUGGAAACAGUCCAAUAACAAAGUACAUCAUCGAGUAUAAAAAAGAUUCUGAAAUGUGGCACGAUCAUACAUUCCACACUGAGGUACUAGGGACUCAGACAUACGGACACGUCAACGGUCUGCGACCAGCAACUACAUAUCAGUUUCGGGUAUUUGCCAAGAACGAAUUGGGUCGCAGUCAAGCGAGCGAUAUACUGGACGUUACGACUGAGCGAGAGAAACCAGGAGGACCACCCAGGAAUCUCAAGGUCGAAGCAAUUAGCUCGACAGAAUUAAAAAUUUCGUGGGAUCCACCCGAUCCCGAUCUUUGGAACGGCGAAAUUUUGGGGUAUCAUGUGGGAUUUAAGGAGCACAGACUGUCAGCUGAACAGUAUACGUACAAGACUGUAGAAGGUCGACCAAUCACUGCCAGUGCAACCCUCGGCCUUGCUCGCACUGCCAUACCAGGCCGCCAAUGUCAAUUGACAGCUCUACGAAAAUACACCCGUUACAGUAUCGUGGUGCAAGCCUACAAUGCCCUAGGUCCAGGUCCAAUGACAACAGAAGCCAUAUCAACGACUCUAGAAGAUGUACCAAGCAGCCCACCCCAGGAUAUCCGCUGUACAGCGCUUUCAUCCCAGUCCCUGCAAGUAUCAUGGGAGCCACCACCGAAUACAAGUCUGAAUGGAAUACUUCGGGGUUUUAAAGUCAGCUGGGAGAGCAUGGAUUCAUUAACAGAAUCCGGAAAGUCUGAUGUUAAAAUAACAUCAGCUCUCACUGUCGUCAUCAGUAGUCUUGAAAAAUAUACAAAUUAUUCGAUUCAAGUUGCAGCAAUGACAAAGCCAGGGGAUGGUGUUCAAUCCUCACCGAUUUACUGCAUGACCAAGGAAGAUUUGCCUGAAGUACCAGCUGGAAUAAAAGCCGUUGCCAGUUCCAACGAAUCGAUAAUAGUUUCGUGGUUACCACCACUGAAAGCCAAUGGUAUAAUAACAUCGUACUAUGUGUACAGAACCAGUCCGGACAGUGAUGAAAAGGGAUACAAAAAAACAUUAAGAGCUCACGAAACAUACUAUCGAGCUGAGAAUCUUCAUAAACGUACUCAAUACUCGUUUUACGUGACAGCUGUAACGUCAGUGGGUGAAGGGCCCAAGACACAUUCAGUAAGUGCAUCACCAUCAAGUCAUGUCCAUGCUGCCAUUCAUUCAUUUGGUAAGAGUUUGACAGUGCCAUGUAAACAGGACGUAACAUUGCCCUGUCAAAGUGUUGGCAAACCUUCCCUCCUUUGGAAGCAAUGGGGACAAAUUGUCAAACCAUCUGGAAGAGUUUCCAUUGGUGCUAAUGGAUCGCUACACAUAUCCGAGCCUCACCGCGAAGACAGUGGAAAUUACACUUGUCAUGUUGAAAAUCUUCAUGGCUCCGAUCAGAUAACUUAUAAACUAAUCGUUCAGGUACCACCAGCAGCUCCGCUUUUACUAGCCACUGGUACCACAAGUAAUUCCAUAAGUGUUCAAUGGAAGCCGGGGGAUGAUGGGGGUGCUAUCAUAAGGGGCUACAUACUGCACUUCAAGCGAAACUUUGGCGACUGGGAUGAAGUUAAAGUGUCCCAGAAGAACAACGGAUAUCUUCUCUCGCAGCUGUGGUGUGGAACUGAAUAUCACAUUCAUUUGACAGCGUAUAAUAAAAUUGGAAUGGGCGCAUCGAGUACGACGGUUAAGGCCACUACCAAGGGCUCGAAGCCAGCUAAUUCACCGGGCAGUGCCGAAAAAUUUAUCACCCUCAACGUCUCGUGGAUCAUUCUUCAUCUGAAUAUUUGGAAUGAUGGGGGAUGUCCCAUCACUUGCUUUGAACUUCAGUAUAAGAGACAUGCGGAAGAGUACUGGACAUUAGUAUCCAAUAAUAUCGAGGUUCAAAAGUCGUACACCCUUAGUGAUCUCCAACCAGGAACCACCUAUGAUGUACGUGUUAGAGCUCACAAUAACGCUGGCUCAUCAACGGCUGAGUACAAGAUAACAACACUUCAGCCCCACAUUACAACAACUCUCCCCAGUGGCAUAGAGAUAGAUCAGUAUAUACCCCAGAACAAUUCCGCAUUGGCUGACCUCAAACUCAUCGUUCCACUGAUACUUUGCUCAUUUGCCAUAAUUGCGGCAGCCGGGGCAGUAUUUUACUGUUUCCGUAAACGUCCAUUAUUAGGCGAUAGUGGUAGUCUUCGUGAUGCUCAAAGUGCCGCCGCACUGGACAAUAAACAAAAUAUGGAGCAACGAGAACAGUAUUACGCUACUGUAAGAAAACCCCUGAGAUCACCCAUCCACGAGAUGGCAACGCUCGAGAGAAUUCCGGAGUAUCCCCAGGAUAUCUACCCAUACGCAACAUUUCAGUUGAAAGAGAGCGUUCCCCCUGGAGGUGACAGCCGUUGUGAUUCAGCCGCACCCCUCCAAACCUUCGUAUAUCAUGAUCCAAGACUGUCCUCAGCUGAUACACUGCAGUUGCGUGAGUCGGAUUGCAACCGGUACACUAAGGUGCGCGGAGGCCGUUCGACCUCAGCGCCAUUGCAUAAAACUCACAAGACCAAUCACGGCAAGUCCGAGUCGGAGGAAUACGACACCCUGGGCUCGGACAGCGACACGGAAGUCGGGACCAGCAGCCGAACUGAGUCUUCUAAUCACCUCGUCGAUUCGCAUCACUCGGCAUUUACAGCCGACGCGCGUGUCCACAACUUCCUGUACCAUGGACCAGAAUCUAGCACGUCUACGGAACCCUCACCGAUAUUUGAGAGAAAAUCGUUUCCUGGAAGGGGAAGACCCAAGAUCCUACAGUUGGCGCAUUAUACCGGCGAGGAGACCCGUACAAGUUUCGGGACAAUCCCCAGGCCUGGCAAUUCCAAGCACCAGUCGGGCAUUAUCAGUAGAGAGCAGGGGGAUGCAGGAUCAGGAAACCUGUUCGUCCCCAAGUUGGAUCCACCCUCGGGCUUCUCCGACGCACUUGAGUUAAGCGAAGCUGAGUGUGACAUUGACCGAGGCAAUCACGGCCAUCGGCAUAUACGUGACUUUGUUAUAGCGGUGUAAAUAACUGUGCAAAAUUUACCCCCCCCCCCCUCAUCCCUCCGACCCCCCAAUCAAUCAUUAAAUAAAGAUAAACAACACCCGUGAUAUAUUAACUUUAAACACACAAAUGACUAAAGAAAGAGACAAAGACGCUGAGAAAAAAGAUAAACCCUCUCUAUCCAUCCCUCCUUGGAAUUAAAAAUCAUCGUAAUAAUAAAAAUAAAUGGCAAAUGAAAAUGUGUCCCAAACAUACCGAUGUGUCGAUGUAACUACUGUUAUACUCAAGCGCUGUUAAAAUUAACGAAAGAAUGAAUCGAAUGAAAUAAAAAAAACAAACAAAUUUAAAACGGUGUUAGAAUGUAAAAGAUAAAAAAAAAACUUUAUCUGUAAGUUAAAUGCAAAAAAAGUGAGCAAUAUUGUUCUGCUCGACACAUGUGCAAUACUAACUUCCUAAUCGUAAAACAAAUUUUUCCAUUUGUCUCGGAACAAAAGUACGCCAACUGAUGGUUUUUCCUGUUGAUAUAUUAUAUAUAUUAUAUAUACUUUAUUAUUAUAUAUGAAUUAUUUACCACGGAGGACAAAAAACAAUUAACACUUUUGUGUUUUAGGUGAACUGUAGAUUAUUUACAUUCUAUAUUUACUUUGUAAAAUAUACAAUAUUGAUUGAACAA